AUGUCUUUUCUCAGGACUGUUUUAAAUGACUCUCUCAUCAUUCAUCCUCCAGGCUUCUAUAUCAUCGGAUUUGAGACAUUUCCCUUCAUCAGUGUGUACUUCAUCUUUCUAUCGUUUGUUUAUGGGGUUACAGUGCUCUUCAACAGUUUGGUGAUCUAUGUAAUUGCCUUUAAUCACAUCUUACAUACUCCAAAGUUUCUGGCUGUGAUCAACCUGGCAGUAAUUGAUUUAUUCCUGAACACAUGCACUAUUCCCAGCAUGAUUAAGACGUUUCUUGUUAAAGACAACUUUGUUCCAUUCAACCUCUGUCUGUUACAGAUGUUUGUCUACUAUUCUGUUGUAUCUUUGGAGUCAUUUGCACUCGCUAUACUUGCCUACGACAGGUUAAUUGCAAUAUGUUUACCUCUGCGUCACAACUCAGUCAACACUUUGCGGAGAAUGUCUUGUAUUGUGGGCCUAACUUGGUCUUUUGCUCUGGGAGUAACAGCAUUUUCAACAGGUAUAAUGACCCGACUCUCAUUUUGCAGUUCUGUCAAAGUGUUCAGCUAUUUCUGUGACUAUGCGCCUGUGUUUAGACUUGCCUGUAAUGAUUACUCAAUGCAGUGGUCUGCAGCUUCUUUUCUCACUGUUAUGAUCCUUGUAGGACCCUUUUCUUUUAUUCUUCUGUCUUAUGUGACUAUUCUGGUGACCGUGUUCAAAAUGAAAUCUUUAGACAGUCGGAUUAAAGCUCUGUCCACUUGCAUUGAGCAUAUCAUCCUUGUUGCUGUGUUUUACAUUCCUCUCAUUACCAUUUUCACUAUUGGGUUUUAUCUGCGUCUGAUUGACCCGGACCAGCGUGUGCUGAGCCUUUCGAUGGCCUCUUGCAUCCCACCCUGCGUCAAUCCUAUUGUGUAUUCUUUGAAAACCAAAGAGAUCAAAGUCAGAGCCUUGGCUCUAGUGAGAAAAAAUCUAACUGGCACAGACCAACGUCAGAGCAAACCUUGUAGGAAUGUUAAAAUGUUUGUGUAG